UCCACAACACAACGUCACAAGACUCACAACCCAUUUAUAUUUUUAGCUAGAGUCCUUCAUUCAUCCUUCAUCCUUCUCAAUCAUCAAAUUUCAACUUUCGUUCAUAAACCAGCAAGAGAGAGAGAGAAAGAAAGAGAGAGCUCAUACAAGAAAAACAAGCUAAGGGCGAUUUAAUUGGUUGUAAUUCGAUAAUAAUGGAGAAACCAGCGAAGAAAUCAAUGAGCAGGCUCUUAUCCUUCCUACCAAAAGCCACCGCGGUUAUCUUUCAAAACCCACCCUUCAGCCCCGGCCGCGACAAGAGGUCAGAGAAUUCAAGCAAGUUCAAAUCCAAUAUCGGCAAAGGUUUCUCAGGUCCAAUAGUUUCCAUAAUUCCAGUCGAAGCUCGAACCAAAUCGAAGAAUGGCAACUUCGACUCACAGGAGCCCACUUCGCCCAAGGUUUCAUGCAUCGGCCAGAUCAAGAACAAGAAGAAGAUGUGCAGAUCCAAAUCUAAGCGUGUAGCUCCACCUCCCCAAGACUCCAGACAUGUAUCGGUGUUGCCACCUCGAGACACAAAAAAGAAGCCAUCUUCGACGAUCCGUAGUAUAUUUCACGGUGUAAGAACAGGUAAGAGAACUGUUGUUUCUGUUGACAAGAAGCCAGAAGUUGCAGACAGAGCACCUUCUCUGGGCCAGAUGAAGCGGUUUGCCAGCGGCCGCAAUGCGUUCGCCAAUUUCGACUGGAGGGAGAAUGAGUCGUUGGAUUUGGAUCCCGACGACGAGGAGAUGGAAGAGAGUGAUGGAGAAGAUGAGGUUAUCGUCCCCCACUCUGCACCCAUAAUGAUAGGUGGUGGAAGAGUGGCUUCGGAGCCAAAUAAAGAAAUUAAUCUCUGGAAAAGAAGAACUAUUUCUCCACCUGCACCUCUUCAACUCACCAAAAUGGGCAAAUGAACUUAAUUGGUCUGAUUCUUGGGUUUUUCUUUGUUUUCCUUUUACAAUUCUUUUUGGAGCUUUAAUGGUGAAAUGAUCAUGAACAAAUUAAGUGCAGAAGUUUUGUAUGAUCAGUAGUUCGAUUUUUAUUUGCAUAUAUGA